UGGCAUAUAAAGAAGGAGAGGGGAAACCUUGCCAACAACUGGUUAGAACUCGUUGUAUAGCAAAUCUCUUAUUUCAAUCAGAGAAGACAAAGAAGAAGAAGAAGGAGAAGAGAUGGGAGGCGGCAAUGGACAGAAAUCAAAGAUGGCUUGCGAGAGGAACAUGGAGAAUCAAAAAGCAGCUAAGGGAAGUCAGCUUGAAUCAAACAAGAAAGCCAUGACGAUUCAAUGCAAGGUGUGCAGGCAGACAUUCAUUUGUACCACAACAGAGGUGAAUUGCAGAGAGCAUGCAGAAGUAAAACACCCAAAAUCUGACGUAUAUGCGUGUUUUCCGCACCUCAAGAAAUGAUAUGGUGAUAGGGAAAAAGAAUUUGUAGAGAUGGGUUCCAAGAUCCUGCAUAUCAUAUCAUGGUGAUAGAAUUUGGAGCUUUUGCAAAUCAAUCCAUCCAAAAACUCUCUUGGGUAGUUAUGUCUCUUAUUUAUUAUUUCUAAUUCCUAUGAAUUUCUGAUUUCAGAUUCACACCUCUGUGGUGUGGGUGUGGCUUGCUUUGUUCUAGAUAAAGAACAUAAAAUCAAUUAAUUAAUCAAUUCGAUUCAUCCA